AUGCCUAGCAAUGAUGAUGAGGAGAUGAGUGAAGAAGACGAAGAAGCCGAAAGCGACGACGAAUUAGAGGAGGAAGCGGAAUCAGGGGAAGAAAAUGAAGAAGCUUACGAAGAUGAAGAUGAGGAUCAUGAGAUGCAAUUCGAAAAUACCGACGAGGAAGAAAUUGAAAUCGAAGAAAGGAUCGAGGAUUAUUACAGAAACGAAGGAGAAGGGGCUGACGGUGACUACAAAGCUACGAAUGGGACCAAUUCAGGUGAAGAACAAGGACUCAAACAUUUUCUACCCCGAUCUUCAGGCAGCGCUCUCUCCAAUCUGCUUACGGCCGAUGUUAAGCAGACCUUACACCCACUCGAAGACAUGGCGGAACGCGUCCUCAAACAAAUCGAAUCAUUUGCGCACAAUUUGGACCAGUUUCGUAAACAAUCCCCUACGCCACAGGACCCUCAAGCGUUCCGUGAAGCAUGUAAAUUAGUGAAGAAUUACCAGUCCAUCGCGGAAAACAACGUCCAUGAUCUCUCGACAUCGCAUCAGGUCCGAAAGCCCUACAGACCGGCCCACAAAAAAAAUGAAAAGGAAACCACAAUAGGUGAAGUGGAAGAGCAGAUAGCACGUUGGCAGCUUGAAGCGGAGACUUGGGAUUUAUUAUAUCAGCUCCUCACGAUAGCCAACCCUGAGACACAGGAACGCGCAAAGCACAGCCAAGAAACCGCCUUACAAUCUCUGCAUAGAUACUCCUCCGACAAGGAAAUUUGGGACAAUUUCCUUGAGGCUGAUCACUUUGCUCGUGAAUGCGUCAUUGUUCUGCAAUGGCUUGAGAAGCUUGCACGAUCUACGGCAGAUUUAGAUACUGUGAUCUCUGAAUUAGAGAAGGAGGCUGAUCGUGGCCAGGGCUUAUGGGCCCACGGCUGGCUUUACACAAAAGAAACUAUCAAGGGAGCAAAACGAUUGCGAUCCUGGUCGCAGCCGUUGGACCCGGAGGACUCCCGAAUUACGCCCUCAUUAUUGGGCUCAGAAAAGCAAGCACCAUUGAUUACGCAAUUGGAUCCUGACGCGGUUAUACGGCAGGGAUUGGGCCUACAGCCUCAUGAUCGUUUCUACGAGCAAGCAACUUGGUUGAGAUGUUGGAAGAUGCUCAGGUCGGGUCAGAGCUGGAGCGAGAUUCGGGCGUGGUCACAGGAACGCCUGGAAAACUGGCGAGCACUUAGUGUCUCCGGUUCGAGUACGACCUCGAAAAAUGGUGAUGCGUCCGACGAUGGUCUGUCCCGAAUGAUGGGUUGCCGGUCCCAGGAAGCUUGGAGGGCUGCGUGUUCGAUCCUGGCGAGCGAUCCCCAUACCGAUCGCUAUGAGAAAGCCGUUUACGCUUUGCUUUGUGGAGACACCGAACCGGCGUAUAAAGUAUGUCAGACCUGGGGCGACUUCCUUUAUGUCUUCUACAACCAUAUGAUCCUUUGCCGUUAUCGCGACUUUUGCAAACAAUUUCUUCGAAAAUUGAGCCUUCCCGCCAACGCCAAAAUCACUCUCAGUAUUGAACCUCCUAAUCACGAUAGGAUACUCAACUUCCUAAACAAUUUAAGGAAAGAUGAACGAGUCGCGGAAGAGGCCAAGAAUCCCUACCGCCAAAUCCAAAGCGCCAUUUUAAGCAAAAAUCUUGAGCAUUUCUUUUACCAUCACGCUACUGCUACGGCCAAUGCUACGAAUGCCACCAAGCAACCAACAUUACUCCCUAAACUCCCGCCUAUUGUUGGUAUCCGUGACCCGUUAUUAAUCGCUGCCAACGAUGAAGCAUCGUUGCGGAUCAUCUCUCAUCUAUAUUUAUUGAUGAACUUGAUUGGGAUGGUUCGGGGCGACUCCCACUUCACCGAUGUCGUUGCCGUUAACGUGGUCAAAUAUAUUGAACUUCUUCGGGAAAAGGAGAGGAUCGACCUAAUACCGCUUUACGCGUCUCUCCUACCAAAGAAUAUAGGUCACACGAUUCUAGCAAAAGUUCUGAUUGAUGUACAAAAUGAACGGGUUCGAAGGGGCUUGCUGCAACGGAUGAGGGCUUUUGGAACCGACGUUUCGGCUGUUUUAAGCAGCCAGUGGCAAUGGGUCCUUUCGGAGGCAGGCCCCGAUGAACAAAGACCCAUUGACGUCGCAGGACAUACGGAACUCGCACCUGCGCGUGAGCUGUGGAAGCGUAUUCAGUUCUCAAAAAUCCCAGUUCCCGCGGAAUAUAGGAUUAUAGCUUUUACGAUUGGCAUUGGAGACGAAAGUCCUAGUAGCCCCGUUAAAAGCGGGUCAGAAGGUCAUCUUGAGUCGGCGGGCCAGCAUCAACAACAGCGCCCUUCUAUAGACCCAAACAGGCUAGUUGUGGAAGGGUUGGCUUUAGAAGCACUUAUUGUGAGAGAUCUCGAACUGCUCAUCAGCACUUUUGACGCGUUGGAAAGCUGGGGCAACCUCGUCGAUGAGUUUUUAGACGAAUUGGAAAAGAUAAGGGUCGCGUAUCUCCCAGAAAUCAUCCUUCUAUAUCACAACUCUCUUCAUCUAGCCGGAUGCAUUAUUGGUCGCGAGAUUCUCGCCCAGUGCAUGACACUUGCCGUCGCCAUCGCUGGAUCGGCAACGUUGACCGAAAGUUUUGUGACAUCGGGCCGUACGCAAGAACUUGUGCGCACUUUGGCCUUGUCGAGUUUGGCAAUCAUGUCUCUCAAAGAUACGAAAUUGAAGAAGAAGCUGCCACGGGGCGCAACGCUUGACAUCUGGAAGAUUCAGCCCAUCGAGGAAGAUGCUAAAGGAAUCACUCUUCUCUGGGAAAAGUAA